UGUUGCUGUGUUUUGUGUUAUGAGGGUUUUGAUUUUGUUCGUCGUUGAUGAUUUUUAUUGUUCCUUGUUGAUGAUUUUUAUCGUUCCAUGUUGAUGAUUUUUAUUGUUCUUCGUGCCUUUUUUGAUUCCUAUGUUAAAUGGCUAAAAUCACACCCCAGGUGGAAACAGAGAAAGAAAACAAGCACUGAGAUUAAGCUAAGCUAAACUGGUGAUGAUGCUAUAGAUUCAUUGAUAGCGGUAUAUUAACCCUAGCAACUGUGCGCAUAUUGUCUUACCGGGACUAAGAGCUGAAACUGUAAAGGGCUAAAGUGUAACUGAACCCCAGCUUUAAUUAAUUUUUGGUAAAUUAUGGAAUUUGAUAAUUACAAAAGGAAGUGGGCGGAAGCUUUCACUCCCUGGAAGAGGGAGCCAAAGGAGGCUCCAUACAAUCCUGAUGUUGUAAGAAAAUCAACACUUUUGAGUACAGAGGAACAGGAUGUUUCUUUGUAUCCUCCAAAUAGGCACUUAAAUAUUUACACGAAGAGGGCUGCUUUAAAAGUUUCCACAUCUGUCGUCAGUCUUGAAUCAUACUCGGGGGAAAAGGAAAUAUUUCAAUGUUCCGGGACUAUUAUAGAAAGUGUCAACACUUACAGCAUAAUAUUGACCACUGCAAGUCUCCUUAGGUGUUCCACGAGUAGAAAUUCUAUAGCUGAUAAUAUCAAGGUUAUCGUGCACCUAUUUGAUGGAAGAUCAUUUGAUGGUCAAAUUGAGUCAUAUGACUUCCACUACAAUGUUGCUGCUAUAAAGAUUCAAUCAGACACACCACUUCCUAUUGCAUCCCUGGCUCAUUUAAGUGAUUCUAUCACGAUUGAUUCGAGUCAGCUCCGGGUUACUGAGGAGAAGCCAUUUCAACUUCGUUCGCAUUUGAACUCAUUUGAUCUUAUUCCCGGAGAUUUAGUUAUUGCACUUAGUCGUUUUUAUACGAAGCCGUAUAAGAUCAAGGCCGCUCCCGGUGAAUUCAGCAUUGAUCGCUGCGACUAUGACGACUUCGAUUGUAAAGAGCUUUUCAUGGCGAGUUGCAGAAUUAUGAGAUGCGGUAUUGGGGGUCCACUUAUUAACCGCUAUGGAGAAGUCAUCGGUAUCUGCUUUCAGGAUUUAGGAUCUAUUGCUUUCUUACCAAUCAAUAUAGCCUCCAUGUGGUGGGAGCAUUACAAGAAAUCUAGGCAAUCACGUCGACCUUGGCUCGGGAUGGAAGUAACUAACCUUUAUGCAGCUGGCCUAGAAAUUCUGGAAAGAAUUAUUUCAAAGUUCCCAGACGUCUUGAAAGGUGUCAUUGUUGAAGAGGUGGUACCUGGUUCUUCUGCUGAAUCUGCUGGGAUAAAACACAAUGAUGUUAUAAUUCAAUUUGGUGGAAAAAGAAUUCAAAGUUUCUUGGAGCUAUUCGAAAACAUGUGGAAUAAUGUUGGAGAAUCUGUGGAGCUCACUGUGAUAAGAGCAAGUCAUGAUGUUCCUGUACAUCUUAGCAUGGUGGUGGAAGAAGCCACAUCGGAUAAAUUAUACAGCUGGCCACUUUGGGAGGCACGAUGAUGCAGAAUUUUGGGUGUCAUGAUCUUUCGCCAAUUAUUAUCACUGGUCCUGAAUUUGAUCUAUUAACAUAAGAAGCUACUGGUUUUGGCACAUUGUUGAAUCAGCAAACACUUGCUAAGAAUGCUUUCAUGCCCCUCAAGCCUAAUUUUGCUAUGUAUUUUUCUGGAUUGAGUUGGACUGCGGAAUACGGAGGUGGGGGUGGGGGUCAAUGUAGGCGUCGUCGUGAGUUUUUUUGGGUAAAUUAACUGCUCCAUCAAAAUUGUUUAUUGAUUGCUACACUGACGUAAUUUUUAGUUAAUGCAAUUUUUGGGUAAACAUAGGUGAUUACGAGUUUUUUUUAAAAAAAAAAAUUGAAAUCUUUGUCCAUCUCAAUUAGCUUCUGUUUAUUGAGGAUGGAUUCCAGUCAUUUGACAAAGCAAUCAAGUUUCUUUUCCCUUU